CAGUGCACACUGCAGGAUCCAGAGAGGGUUUCAGGAGCUCCGAUCAAUGUGGAGAAACACCUGGACAACCUGAAGGUCAAGGUCUGGAAGAAAAUGAUUGCUCCUGUGACUCUGGAUCCCAACACUGCACACCCACAUCUCGUCCUGUCUGAGGAUCUGACCAGCGUGAGAUACGUUAAAAAUAACCCACAGAGGUUUGAUCAGUAUUACAGUGUCCUGGGCUCUGAGGGCUUUAACUCAGGGACUCACUGCUGGGAUGUGGAGGUUAGAGAGAACACACGGUGGGGUGUGGGUGUGAUGAUAGAGUCUCACCAGAGGAAGGGAGACUAUGACUCCAUGAGUGGACGCUGGAGUGUGUUGUAUACUGGUGGUGCAUAUGCAGCACGUGCUCCUCCUCAUGCCCCCACUGUCCUCACAGUGCAGCAGAAACUCCAGAGGAUCAGAGUGCAGCUGGACUGGGACAGAGGAGAGCUGUCAUUCUCUAACCCUGAUAAUAACACACACCUACACACUUUCACACACACUUUCACUGAGAGAGUGUUUCCAUUCUUCAGUACUAACUCUCCUCUGAGGAUCCUACCAGUGAGUCCUCAGUAAGAUCAGAGCAGCACUGAUGGAGCUGAUGGUGUCUCUGACUGGACUCUCAUAAGACCAUGGGUCAGAUUUGUACCCUGAAUGUGACACACUUAAACCAGGAGAUGUAUACUAAUGAUGACCGAGUAUACUAAUAAAUAUCUGAGUACCGGUAUACUAAUGAUGAUCGAGUAUACUAUUGAUGAUCGAGUAUACUAAUUAUGUCAGAGUAUACUAACGAUGAAUGUGGGUCAGAGAUUGAGCUAAACUACGGCUCCAAUCUUGCUCUGCCCCACCCUCUUUUAACCUCAGCAUCCAAUCAGGGCAGAGCAUUACUCUGUUCUGAAGUGACACAGUCUGGGGGGAGGAGCAAAUGCAUCUGUACCACAUUCAGGUGUGUGUCACAUUCAGGGUUCAAAUCUGACCCAUGGUCUCAUGAGAGUCCAGUCAGAGACACCAUCAGCUCCACUUAUUUCCAAAUGUGUGC